AUGGAUUGUAUUAAUAUAAAAUUUGACGAAGAUAUUAAUUUUCAUAUUUUACGGCAUUGGUCAUUAUACGACUCAAUCUAUCAUACACAUGAGAUGAUCAUAGCGUUUAAAUUAUGGUCAUCACGUGGUCUGUCUCAAUUGAAAGAAUUUCUUGCUGACUUAGGCAUACCGAAACGCGAAUACGAACAAAACUAUCGAGAUAUGAAUAUUAAAUAUAAAUCAACAAUAAAAAAACAAAUAUUAGAUAAACGUCUACACGACAAAUAUCAUUAUGCAACUAAUACAAUCAUAUUGCCAACAUUUUUAUUAAGCAGUGGGUUUUCAUUGAAAUUAUCACCACAAGAUAUUGUUUAUUCAAUAAUGUCAACGUUACAAACAUUACCAUCGACGUCAUCAUCUACUUCUAUGAUGAUUGAUUUAACUGCGCGUUUUUCAUUGUCGUUGUCCUGUUUAAAUUAUAAUUUAUUAACUGAUUAUUUAGAUGGAAUCAAAUUAGAAAAAGCUUAUACACAUAAAAUUCAUUAUUUAAUCGAAACGCUGUUGCAAUCGGAUAAAAACUUGUCAUUCGAUAAUACAGUACCAUUUAUAUUACUUCGAUUCGAUCAAAAUAUGUUUAAUUCGUCGACAACAGGCGAUCAUACGACAUCAUGCGGAUUUUUUACUCAUCCAUAUCAAGCAUAUGUAUUCGCGCGUAAAGCAUUACAAAUAUUAAUUGCCUAUACAUCAUCGUCAACGAAUAUUGUUAAGAAAAAAAAAUCGAAGCAUCUACAACGUUUACCAUUAAUAUUAAUAGCUCCUUAUUCGCUGACCAAUGCAGGGCAAGAAUUAGUUGAGAUUGUCGUCGGUGUACCAUCAUUGAAUAGCAUUAUGAUGAAUUCAUUUUCGACAUUAUUCGAAGCAGCCGAUCGUCGUUGUGGUAAUGUUGCAAAAUUUGUAUUUUUUGAUCAUUCUGUAUUGUUAUUGCAAGAACAACAUCAACAAAAAUUUAUCGAUGCGCUUAUGUUUGUACUUGCAAAAUAA